CAAACAGAACAUGCCCUAAGAAAACACAUUUUUACAGUUAAAACUGAAACAAACCUCAGCUUUUACUACGACGGAUAACCCGGAAGUCGUAGCGUGACGUAAGCCAUGAGCAUAGUUAGCUAGCUUCUGAGCUAGUUAAGCAGUUGUUGUUGUUUUCAGGGAUUGUCUAGUUAUUAAUCUGCCUUUCAGCGAAUAUUUCUGACUAGAUCUUAGUCGAUAUCGGCCAUGGACGACGAAAGCUACCCAAGAACCCUGUAUGUGGGAAACCUGUCCAGGGAUGUUACAGAGAUCCUGAUUUUACAGCUCUUCACCCAGAUAGGACCCUGCAAAAGCUGCAAGAUGAUCACAGAGCACACAAGCAAUGACCCAUAUUGCUUUGUGGAGUUCUACGAGCGCAGAGAUGCAGCUGCAGCCCUGGCAGCCAUGAAUGGCAGGAAGAUACUAGGAAAGGAAGUUAAAGUCAACUGGGCAACCACCCCUAGUAGCCAGAAGAAAGACACCUCCAAUCACUAUCAUGUUUUUGUGGGUGAUUUGAAUCCAGAGAUUACUACUGAUGAUGUCAGGGCUGCGUUCUCACCUUUCGGGGCAAUCUCAGAUACUCGUGUCGUGAAGGACAUUACAACUGGCAAAUCAAAAGGGUAUGGAUUUGUGUCCUUCUACAACAAACUGGAUGCAGAAAAUGCGAUCUCUCACAUGGCGGGUCAGUGGCUCGGCGGGCGGCAGAUCAGGACAAACUGGGCGACGCGUAAACCUCCGGCCCCCAAAAGUGCUCAGGACAACGGCUCAAAGCAGCUGAGGUUUGAUGACGUGGUGAAUCAGUCGAGUCCACAGAACUGCACGGUGUACUGCGGCGGGAUCCAGCUGGGUCUCACAGAACAUCUGAUCCGACAGACGUUUUCACCAUUUGGUCAAAUCAUGGAGGUCAGGGUGUUUCCAGAGAAAGGAUAUUCCUUCAUCAGGUUCUCCACCCAUGACAGCGCUGCGCACGCCAUCGUCUCUGUAAACGGGACAGUCAUUGAGGGACAGAUGGUGAAGUGCUACUGGGGCAAAGAGUCUCCUGACAUGGCAAAAAGCCCACAGCAGGUGGAUUACAGCCAUUGGGGCCAGUGGAGCCAUGUGUACAGCGACCCGCAGCAGCAGCAGCAGCAGCAGCAGCAGCAGCAGUACAGCCAGUACAUGGCCAACGGCUGGCAGGUUCCCUCCUACAACAUGUACGGACAGACAUGGAGCCAGCAGGGAUACGGAGCCGAGCAGUCGCAGUCGACGGCCUGGAUGGGCGGCUACGCCUCGGCGCCGACGCCUCCUGACGCCGUCGUUUCCAACGUGGGGAAUUUCAACAUGGCCGGCUACCAGAUGCAGUGAGACGUUUCCGACCCGAACACACCACCAAGGGAAAAACAAAACGGCACUUUUCAUCCGGACAGAAACGAGAGAGCAGGAGUCGUAUUUAUACAGAGUUUGGUUGUUAACAACCGGUUUUAUAAAUCACUGUCCUCCUGACUCAGAACUUUGUUUAUAAGGUGAUUAUUUACUAUUUUGAUGUUUUGGAAAAGGAAAACCAAAGCAGCUAACCUGGCCUGAAUACUGAAGGAUAAACCAAACUUUAAACAUUUGGAAUCCAAACAGAAAAACUUCUUAGUCACAAUUUUUUCAGUUUUUAAAUCCAAAACUUGACAUUUCAAAACACUUUGGAUGUGGAUUAGCAGCAUGAAUGUUAAAUUAUCCUUCCUCCCAGUCUGGAAAUGAUUUUAGAAGUAUAUUUUAAUGGAUUUACUAAUCGGGACAUUUUUCUAAAACACAGAGCAAACGUUAUAGUUUUUCCUUUUCAUGUCUGGUUUUAACGCAGUUUUGCAUAAAUCGAUCUUUUUGAAGAUUAUUAUUCGGCUGCUUUGUGUUGCUCUUUGAAAUCUAAGUGGGAUUUUUGUUUUCCUGAAGAAAGUUUGUGUACAAAGAAAUGCUGAGAACGCCAUCUUUUUAAAGGAGUUUGUUUUUUGCAGCGGAGGGCUCGUCGUUUUCAGACGUUUUAUUUUGGACGAUAAUGCAGCCAAGUUUGAAUUUAUGUUGUUGAAUCUGGACAAAGCUGCACCUUUUCACUCCUUGUGUAAAUAACAUUAAAACCUGGUAGAGGUGGCUUUUUGCUCAUUUUGAAGCAGUUUGGUCAGAGGAGCUCUCUCUUUUUAAAUGUUGAUUUCUGGUUGGCAGCAGGAUUUAUUUCAUUUUCAUUUGAUGCUUUCAAACUUUAGGAAGUUUUUUUUGUUCUUUUAAAACAUUUUCAUUUCUAGUCAAUUUACAAUAAGACAAUUACUUGAAUCCUGCUGUUUUGGGUUUUAUUUGUGCUAUUCUGCAUGGUGUGUCAGAAUUUAAAGGGCAUAUAUUAGCAUUUUCACCAGGAAGAUUAAUUAAUUUCCAUCAUAAAAAUGGAGAAAAAACACUUAGAAGUUGCUCAAGAGUGAUGGAAAGUCUCCAUCUUGAAUUUUAAAUAAGAUGAAUAUUUAUAUGGUAAUUUUUGAGGUACAUUGGAGACCUAGCCAACCAGCACCCGACCUUGGGAUUUAUCUGCUCUUUUUGGUGCCAUAAUUCACCACAAAAACAAAAUACAAACCACAAAUUUUGCCAGCUGUUGUGAUUCUGACCAGAAUACAUGUACAGUGAUUGUGUAAGUCUCACUUUUUCCAUAUAAAAUGUCCGUCUUUUACUACGAUGCGUUGUGACACGCCAGUCAAACUCUAGAAGUUUAUCUCCAGGUUUGAUAUUUGUAAACCAAGUUCUUUAGACCUAAAAGUGCUGGAUCAGAGGAAUAAAUACUGAUUUGCAGUCGAACUCAAUUGUUUGGUUUUGAUGCUCAACGUUGAAGCUAAUUAUCAGGGCUAAACAUGCAUCAGGAACUUUUGGGGAUUUAAUUGGACCUGCAGAAAUCAGUAAACAUUUUGUGGACAAAUAAAAACAGCUGGAAAAAGAAAAAAGGUAUUUAAUUUCUGGGUAAACUUUAUGCUCACAAACAACCAUAUCCACCUUAGCGGUGAUCCGUUGUAGCCAUGUUAUAAACUCUGUUGUGUCCUCUUUAUUCCUUUAUUUCAUAAUGCUGAAAAUAAAACAUCCAUUCAACAUGUUCCCCUUUUUAAACUAAACAGUUUCUCCAGUAAAAAACAUAAAAACUGAAUAUCACAGCUUCCAUAUAUGGUAUUCACUUCCUGUUUAAGAGCGGUGUGGUUACCAGGGUAUUUUUAUUUAAAAAAAUCUUUUUAAAAAUCUACUGCAGGUUUAGGAUAUGAUGUAUGAUAUGUGCCCUUUAAAAAGCUAAUUUAUGUCUGCUGAACGAAAUGUUUUGGUUCUUUUCAGUUUUGAAGUGUUCAAGGAAUCGUAAACCUUUAUAAAAUGUACAUAAUGUUGGUUAACUCCCUCUAGAAGAAUAUUCUUUUUGAAUAUUUUAGCAGCAUAAUUUAUGAAUACGCCUUAACUGAUUUGUUAAUAAAGUCAAACGGCCGAUUUGUUUUGAAAACGUUGAAUUUUUCCUGGUAUUUAUGUGUGUGUGCCAUUUCCUGUGUGCAGCAGGAAGUGGCUGAGCUGCACAAACGAAUCGCUUCGAACGUGAAUGUAAUUAUUUUUGGAGCUGUUAGCAGAACAGAAAACUCGGCCACUUCAAAUAAAGGAGCAUUUGUA